CUUGGUAUCCAUUCACUGCUGCCUUCUACAACAAAAUCAGAGCAAUGUACACUACAGCCGAGAUGAACCAACUUGCCAUUGCACAACAACGCAGCACGGGGUUCGCUGGCCGAAAGCCUACAAUGCCCCAAGUCUUCACUUUCGAGCCAAUCAGGCAAAAUAAGAGACUUGGUAGACGCAAGAAACGGUUUAUUAAAGUUCUUUAUCCAGCUCGCCAGGUUAGGAGAACUGUUCCUAGCGAGAAAGACCUGGCCAAGAGGUUGCUUCUGCUAUUGUUGUCUGUGGUCUUCGUUCAAAUCUACACUGCCACUGAACACGACUUAGACGUCGCUGCUCCGGAGUUAACAGGUGUCCUGGAAGUUCCCACCACGUCUGCUGGUGAACCUCCGGCUUCACCUCAGCUGACCGCCUCGGCUGUCUCGGUCAUCUUGUCCCCAGAAGCUGAAUCUAACUGCAGCCGGCCUCUUCUCGGCGAAAUCGCUGUCCCAAGGAUUUUCUUGGCUUGCAAGAUGUGAAUGAGAACGGAUGCAGCAUAAGUGCCCUGUACUCGAGGCAGGGUUAUUGACUACAGCAAAUGGAUGCAAAUAUCCAUUCUGGGACACAUUAAUGUUCGUAACUGGGGCGGGACUCCACAGAUCUCUGGUUCUGGGCCGUAUCAGUGCCCCAAGACUCAUAACUUAUUCUGUGCUGGAUACCUCAAUAAUUUUGCUGUUUAUUUGUAAGAUAGGCGUAUUUAUGUUUUAAAUUAAUAUUUAAAGGUAAUUUAAUAAUAAUUAAAUUAAUACUGAACAUGGAGGACUUGUUUUAGAAGUAUCUCCCUUUUAUCUUAUUACAUUUAGUGCUGUUUUUUUUUAAAACAUCUCACCUUAAUGGUGGGAUAAAAAGACUCACUUUACAAUGAAGUCUAGAUUUGUUAAUGGUUCAGCCAUCGGGUGAACUGGCCGUUCCAUUUUGAUGUUGGUAUGUUCUGUGAACAAUAUUGAAAUAAAACAAAUAUGCAAGAACUAUUUCAGUUACCAA